UCUGUGUGCUAAGUUACCUCCUGGUAGUUACCAGCACAACGCCCGCCAUCUACAUCUAGCUAGGGUUUCUCAUCAUUCCCAUCUCUCUCGUCACCUGUGUUCUGUCGGACCGGGACGAUGGAGUCUCUGCAAUCGAACCCAAGCCAGCAAUUCCAAACGUUAGAUCCCAAUCCGCCGUCUUUCGCUCCCGCAGAAGCCCUUAAUUCCUAUAACCAGUACCCUGCUCCAGCUUUAGCUCCUCCUCCUUCUUCAGAAACCCUAACUGCGGAGUACUAUGGCAACACCGCGUACGGAGGCGCGGAGAAUCAAAAUUUGUCCCACUACCCAGCUCAGAACCAACCGGAGAACGGUUCCACCAAUCCUCCAGCUGGUCCCGAUUCUGCAACUGCUUUUGUGAGCCAAAAGACGAUUCUAUCUGAAAGCGGGGCGUUGACGAAUACCCACAGUGGCACCGAUCGGGAUUGCUCGGGCGGCGAGGACGAGACCACGAGCAGGCGACGCCGCCGCAGCCGCUGGGACCCGCCCUCUGAUUCCAACAACCAGAGUGGCGGCGAGGGGAAUGAAUCAGGCAGUGGCACUAGGAAGCGGAAGUCUCGGUGGGCUGAUGAUGAGCCAAAACCCAUGAUUCAGCUCCCCGAUUUUAUGAAGGAAUUGACCGGAGGUAUCGAAUUCGACCCCGAAAUUCAAGCCCUGAACGCUAGGCUGUUAGAAAUAAGUCGUAUGCUUCAGUCGGGCUUGCCCCUCGAUGAUAGGCCUGAGGGUGCACGGUCCCCUUCCCCUGAACCCAUAUAUGAUAACAUGGGGAUUAGGAUUAAUACGAGGGAAUAUCGUGCUAGGGAGCGGCUAAACAAGGAGAGACAGGAAAUUAUUUCACAGAUAAUCAAGCGUAACCCGGCUUUCAAGCCUCCAGCAGAUUAUAGGCCGCCAAAGUUGCAGAAAAAGCUGUACAUCCCAAUGAAGGAGUACCCAGGAUAUAACUUCAUCGGGCUAAUUAUUGGUCCGAGGGGCAACACUCAGAAGAGAAUGGAGAGGGAGACUGGAGCCAAGAUUGUUAUUCGUGGGAAAGGGUCGGUGAAGGAGGGUAGAUUGCAGCAGAAGAGAGAUCUAAAGCCUGAUCCAUCUGAGAAUGAGGAUUUGCACGUGUUGGUUGAGGCUGAUACACAGGAGGCAUUGGACGCAGCUGCUGGGAUGGUCGAGAAGCUGUUGCAACCUGUAGAUGAGGUCUUGAACGAGCAUAAGAGGCAGCAGCUCAGGGAACUUGCGGCUUUAAAUGGAACUAUUAGGGACGAGGAGUACUGUAGGCUCUGUGGGGAGCCAGGUCAUAGGCAAUAUGCUUGCCCCUCGCGCACUUCCACCUUCAAAAGUGACGUUCUUUGUAAGAUAUGUGGUGAUGGAGGCCACCCCACAAUAGACUGUCCUGUUAAGGGGACCACAGGGAAGAAAAUGGACGAUGAGUACCAGAAUUUCUUGGCCGAGUUAGGAGGGUCUAUGCCUGAGUCUGCAACCAAGCAGACCAGCACACUUGCCAUUGGACCUGGCAGCACCGGGACCAAUCCUCCUUGGACUAACAAUGGUGCUAAUACAGGAUCAGCUCAUCCUGGUUUGGGAUCGAACCCUGUCAAGUUAACUAAAGAGUAUGACGAUACCAAUCUAUAUAUCGGGUACUUGCCCCCUACUCUCGAUGAUGACGGAUUGAUUCAAUUAUUCUCACAGUUUGGUGAGAUUGUGAUGGCUAAGGUUAUCAAGGACCGGGUCACUGGACUGAGCAAAGGCUAUGGCUUUGUGAAGUAUGCAGAUGUUCAAAUGGCUAAUGCUGCUAUAGCAGCGAUGAAUGGGCACCGCCUAGAUGGGCGGACCAUAGCCGUUAGGGUGGCAGGUAAGCCACCGCAACCGGCAGUGCCUGCUGGCCCUCCGGCAUCGACAGCACCGCCAACUUACCCAGCCUCAACCCAGCCAGCUGGUGCCUAUCCCUCGCAACAAUUUGCUACAGGUGGCCCGCUCUCUGGACCUCCUCCCACAAGCUACAGACCGAACCCAGUCCCAUGGGGGCCACCAGUGCCAGCACCUCCCUACAGUUACCCUCCAUCAUAUAUGGUUCCAGGGCAGCCUAUGCCUCCCCCACCUUAUGGUAUGCCUUAUCCCCCGCCUCCUCCAUCCGUGCAGCCAGUUCCUCCAGGUGCUCCUUCUCAGACGACUGGAGCUUCUACUGAAGCACAACAUAGCUACCCACCAGGAGUCCAGUCUGAUGGAAAUGCUCCUGCUCAAUCUUCCGCUGUUAGUAGUGGUGUAUAUGGUAGCACUGUACAUACUGUACCCACCGGUGCUCCUCCCAUGUAUUCAGCGCCCUCUUAUGGUUAUGCGCCAUAUUAUGGCGCAGUUCCUCCUCCGCCACAACCUCCCUCAAGCACGGACCAUUCUCAGAGCAUGGGAAAUGUUCCUUGGGCCAUGAACCCUCCUCCAAUGACUACUCCUCCUCCUCCUCCUCCUCCUCCACCUCCUGCUUCCUCUGUUGACCAGGCUGCAUACGGUGCUGAUAAAGAAUAUGAGAAGUUUAUGGCUGAGAUGAAGUGAUGGACGGUGUUCUUUCUUACUUCAUGCACUGAAGAGGCUUGGGCUUAAAAAUCGGUCUGUACAGUGAAAACGAAGGGGACAUCUCAGAGUUAUAUUCAUUUUAAUGUCUGGAUCUUCUAUUUUCUCUGUUUGCUAACGCUCUAUUCUGUGAGCUCUUUUUCACAAUUGCUAUCAAUAACUUUGUGGUGUUUCAAUGUUUAUUUGACCUGCUUGUGGGUUUCGCUUUAUUUUAAAUGUAAUGUCAUUACCUGACACAUCCUGCUUUUGAGCUAGAGAUACAUCUUCCUGCUGUAUGGCCAGUACAUAAGGUACUGAUGGCGCUCAAGAAGGUAUGGUUCCAUAGGAUCUCAAGGUACAUCAUUGGAAGAAGCUCCUCUUUCGUUAUUUAUGAACUUUAUGUUGACUCACUUGUUAUUCAGUCUUGUAAGGGUCAGGUACUGUAUAUACCUAUUAAUCCAUUGGUUGUUCAAGGGAUUUUGCGCCUUUUAAUAUUUUUCUAGAGAUAUAAUCCCGGUGAUUAUGACUAAGGGGUACUGGUUAUCCUAGUGCUUGAAGUCUGUGCAAAGGACUUAACCAAUGACCAAUAUGUAGAGGAAAGAGGAAGAUUAACAGAUCUAGUGGCAUUUAGGGUUUUUGUAGGGAUUUGAAAACUGUAGGCAAAAGCUGUUUCAUAAUCUAUACGACAUGCGAGCAAGCUAUCCCUCAGUUAAAAUACAAUGUCUAUAAUGUUUGAGUUCCUCUGCUCGCUGGUGGUUUGAUAGCCUUAUAUCCAAAUGUCAUCUAAAAUAUUGCUAACUGUUUUACCUUAAACGCGUAUGAGUAUAUACCUGCAAAUAGUGCCAAUAGAUUGAAGACUCAUAAGGCAAUUUGUCUUACUCAUGCUGAAUAGCCUUCCAUCUUAUGGAGAUGUAUGGUUGAUGUCCUGAGUGGUAAUUGUAUUCAAAAGGGGGUCAUCUUCAGCUGAUGCAACUGUAAUAAUUGGUUGAUUUGCAUGCGUAUCUGAGUGGUGUUAAUUUUAUGGUUUUCAGGUCUUAGAUUCAUCAGCUAGACAAAAUUUUGUUAACUUGUUAUCCUUUUUUUUUUCCCCAAAGUAAUUUGCUUUUGAUAAGAUGAUAUUUGCUAAUUUAAGAGCAAGUGUUUUCAAGAAGUUUCUGCAUAUCUAGAUUAUGCAGCUAAGUCUAGUAACCUCAUCUUUAUUGGUCCUUAUCGUCUAUCCUUACAUUGGGACGCGCACUUUAAUCAGGCACCUUAUGCAAUUUGAGUUUUUCAAUUUUCCGUGCGUGAUGUUUUGCAUUUCUGCAAUUGGGUUACUUUUCUAACAUAAUAAUUCUGUAUCUCUUUGAAACUGACAUUGGAGAUAUUACCAUGUUUCUCUUUAGUGGUUUGUUGCAGUCUUUGAGGCAGCUUUCCUGGAGCUCAAGUUUGACAUGAAUUUUUCUUUUUGUGAUUAAUCUUUUCUGAGUCUGAUAAUGCUGAGUUUCAGCUAAAGGGUUAUGCUUUAUGUAUAUUCUUAAAGUCAAUACCUGUUUGGAGGCAAUGGUCUAUUAUUUUCCCGUUAAUCGGGCCAUUCUAGUC